AUGGGUAACAAGAUUUUAAAAAAUCUACAAGAUCCCGACCACCCUUCUUUAGGCCCUACGCUUUAUGGUUUACAACUUUGGGGCAUGUGGCAACCGAAACGAGGAAUUAGUUCUUUCAUCUGUAACCUUGUUCAUAUCUGUGCUAUUAUCUUUGUAUUGAGCCAAUAUAUAGAACUGUGGAUUAUUAGAUCAGAUUUGGAAUCAGCGUUGAGAAAUUUAUCAGUGACCAUGCUUAGUUCAGUUUGCGUCGUAAAAGCCGGCACAUUCGUACUUUGGCAAAAGCAUUGGAGGUCUGUCUUUGAUUACGUUUCAAAUUUAGAAAAGAAUGAACUGAGUAAAAAUGAUACAGUCUCUUGUAAAACGAUAAGAGAGUAUAUUGCAUAUUCCAGAAAGGUUACAUUUAUAUAUUGGUGUUUAGUAACAGCGACUGUUUUUAGUGUUAUUUUAGCUCCGUUGGCUAGUUUUAUAUCUUUACCUAUUGAUGAACAAAUGCCCAAUAAUAGCUCUAAAGCUUAUCCAGAGAUAAUGAGUUCGUGGGUACCAUUUGAUAAAACUCACGGAGUCGGAUAUUUGGCAAUGAUUUUGGAACAAACAGUCAUUUGUUUUUAUGGAGGUGGUAUAGUUGCUAAUUACGAUUCAAAUGCUGUAGUAAUUAUGUCUUUCUUCUCUGGCCAACUUAAAUUAUUAAAGUUAAAUUGCGAAAGAACAUUUGAAGAUAAUGGCGUGGAUUCUGGUGAAUUUACUAAUAGAAUUGCCCAAUGUCAUGAACACCAUUCAAACCUUAUAAAGUAUUCUAAAAUAUUCAAUUCUUUACUGUCACCUGUUAUGUUUUUGUAUGUGAUCAUCUGUUCACUUAUGAUUUGCGCCAGUGCUAUUCAACUAACAAUGAGUGGAAUUUCAAGAAUGCAGCAGAUACGUAUAGCAGAGUAUUUAUUGGCUUUAAUUGCUCAACUGUUCCUCUAUUGCUGGCAUAGUAAUGAAGUAUCCUUGAUGAGUCUAAGUGUGGAUGGAGGUGUAUACGCAAGCUCUUGGUGGUCUCAAAAUACGAGCGUUAAACGAAACGUUCUGCUUCUCAUCGGCAAAGUUCGGAGAAAUAUAAUAUUCACAGCCGGACCUUUUACUUCUCUGUCAAUUCAUACUUUUGUUGCUGUUUUAAAAGGAUCUUACAGCUAUUACACUCUAUUAAGUAACAGAGAAAAAUAA